UAUUAUCACUGUUGUCAAGAGUAACUGAAACGGAAGCCAAACAAGACUGUACUUUCCCUUGCUCUCUCGUCUAGGAAAAUGUCUGCCGGAAUUGGAAAAUGCAGCAAAAUCCGUCACAUUGUCAGGCUAAGGCAAUUUCUACGGAGGUGGCGUAACAAGGCCCGCAUGUCGGCUAAUCACAUACCCCCACCAGACGUCCCCGCCGGACACGUGGCGGUGUACGUUGGCAGCAGUUACAGGAGAUUCGUGGUGCGUGCGACGUACCUCAACCAUCCCGUCUUCUGGAAGCUGCUUGUCCAAGCUGAAGAAGAAUACGGAUUCACUAACCAGGGUCCUUUGGCUUUCCCAUGUGACGAGUCCGUGUUUGAAGAAGUGCUUCGAUUCGUUUCACGGUCGUCGGAAUCCGGACGCUCUUCUCGGUUCGUGAAUCUAGAGGAUUUUCAGAGAAACUGCCACGUGGGCAUCAAGAAAAGACUUGAUUUUUUGAUUGAAUCUCAACCUCUUCUCCAUGGAGAAAUAAGGUAAAAUAUAAUAAUAAAGUUAAAAUGGUUUGAUUCUGACCCGGGUCUGACUCAGUCCGAGUUAUCUCGCUCGUUGGUUUCAACGGAAGAUUGGAAACGGAAUCUUCAAGCUUAAAAGUUCAAGUCCAGAGGCCGAGUUCAUGUAUGUGAUUGACUCGGUUGAGUUGAGUUUAGUAAUUCUUGUGGUUAAUACUAAUUCUUAUGGCUUUAUUCUGGCAUAAAUGUAUGUUAAAUUGGGUGGCGAGCUAAGAUUUGAGCAGAGUCAUAAUAUAAAAUGCUCCGGAGAAUUCGUGGAGAUGGCAGAAUGAGGUGGGUGAAUUAUCCACCGAGUCGUCCCGGGUUCUGAAUAGGAGUAAACAAGACUUGAAGAGGAAGGCGAAGAAGAAAAAAGAGCUCAAAUUUGUAAAUUUAUGUGAUUUAUUGAUUGUUUUUUCUUUAUAAUUUUUAAAAUGAAAUAUUGCAGAGAAACUCUGGUAUGAUUCUCCAUUAUUGAAUAUUUUUAUAGAAAUAGAAUGAUGAGCCCUUGUGGGAUGUUAUAA